AAUCAUGUCCCCAUAUAUCUCACUAAUAAUCACUUUGUUUGUAAUUAAUCAUUUAUUUAACAUGCAACAACAUUGAUUACUAAGGAUUAAAACAAACAAGUACGGCUUAAAUCACUGAUGAUACACAAUAUAUAACUGAUUCACAAAAUGGUAAUCACUCCAUCUUCUCUCACUAAAACUCUCUCUCUCUGUAGCUACUAGCCAGGCAUGGUUCUUCAUCUUCUUCAACUGCUACUGCUGAUUCUUUCACUCGCACAAUCCUCAGCAGAUGACGGAACAGUCAAAACCUACAUCAUCAGAGUAGACACUUCAUCCAAGCCCUCCAUUUUCCCAACUCAUCUGCACUGGUACACCGCCGAGUUCACCGACCCCUCCGCCAUCCUCCACACCUACGACACCGUUUUCCACGGCUUCUCCGCCGUCCUCACUCCAUCUCGACUCGCCGCCAUUCGCCGCCACCCUUCCGUCCUCACCGCCUUCCAAGACCACCGCCGCCAACUCCACACCACUCGCUCUCCCCAAUUCCUCGGCCUCCGCAACCAGCGCGGCCUAUGGUCGGAAUCCGAUUACGGCUCCGAUGUCAUCAUUGGAGUCUUCGACACCGGAAUUUGGCCGGAGCGGCGGAGCUUCUCCGACCGCAAUCUCGGCCCUGUUCCCAGACGGUGGCGAGGAACGUGUCACACAGGCGUCAAAUUCAGCGCAAGUAAUUGCAACAGAAAAAUUAUCGGAGCUAGGUUUUUCGCCAAAGGCCAUGAGGCGGCGGGAGUCGGCAACCCUGCGGUCGCCGGAAUCAACGAGACGAUCGAGUUUAAGUCGCCGAGAGAUGCCGAUGGACACGGCACGCACACUGCUUCCACCGCAGCCGGGAGAUAUGUUUACAGAGCUAGCAUGGAGGGGUACGCCGCCGGCAUAGCCAAAGGUGUAGCGCCGAAAGCUCGUUUGGCUAUCUAUAAAGUGUGCUGGAAGGAUGCAGGCUGCUUCGAUUCUGAUAUCUUAGCUGCAUUCGACGCCGCCGCCAACGACGGAGUCGACGUUAUCUCGAUUUCUAUCGGCGGCAGCGACGGCAUUUCCUCGCCGUACUACCUGGACCCGAUCGCGAUAGGGUCAUAUGGCGCCGUAUCGAGGGGGAUUUUCGUUUCCUCCUCGGCCGGCAACGACGGGCCUAAUGGAAUGUCGGUGACUAAUCUCGCCCCCUGGCUCACCACAGUCGGAGCUGGAACGAUUGAUCGGAAUUUCCCGGCGGAUGUGAUUCUCAGGGACGGGAGAAACUUCUCCGGCGUGUCUCUGUACGCCGGAAAGCCACUGAAAGGCAAAAUGUACCAUGUCGUAUAUCCGGGAAAGUUAGGGUUGCUCUCUGCCUCCCUCUGUUUGGAGAACUCGCUCGAUCCUAAUCAAGUUCGGGGUAAAAUCGUCAUCUGCGAUCGCGGCAGCAGCCCACGUGUCGCCAAGGGAUUGGUGGUGAAGAAAGCCGGAGGCGUCGGAAUGAUCCUCGCCAACGGAGCUUCCAACGGCGAGGGUUUAGUCGGAGACGCUCAUUUGAUUCCAACCUGCGCCCUUGGCUUUUCCCAAGGAGUUGGAAUCAAGGCUUAUCUAGCUUCCAAUCCAAAAGCAAAAGCAACCAUCAGAUUCCGCGGCACGGUGAUCGGAACCAAACCAGCGCCGGUGGUGGCGUCAUUCUCCGGCAGGGGUCCGAACGGGCAGAACCCGGAGAUCCUAAAGCCCGAUCUGAUCGCCCCCGGCGUCAACAUCUUAGCUGCAUGGACGGAGGCAGUGGGGCCGACGGGUCUGGAUUCGGACACCCGGAAAGCAGAGUUCAACAUCUUGUCCGGAACUUCCAUGGCUUGCCCUCACGUGAGCGGCGCGGCGGCGCUGCUGAAAUCGGCUCACCCCGAUUGGAGCCCGGCGGUGAUCAGGUCGGCAAUGAUGACGACGGCGAGCGUGGGGGACAACUCCAUGAACCCGAUGAUCGACGAGGCCAGCAAAAAGGCGGCGACUCCGUACGAUUACGGCGCCGGGCACUUGAACCUGGAACUAGCCAUGGAUCCGGGGCUGGUCUACGACCUCACCAACGACGACUACGUUAGUUUCCUGUGUGCCAUCCAGUACGGGCCCAAGACGAUCCAGGUGAUCACGCGCUCGCGGGUGAAUUGCCCGAUGAGGAAGCCGUUGCCGGAGAAUCUCAACUAUCCGUCCAUCGCGGCGGUGUUUCCGGCGGGCGGGUCGUCGAGCCAGAUGUUUUUCCGGAUGGUGACAAACGUUGGGGAGGCGAACGCGGUGUACCGGGUCAGGGUCGACCCGCCAAAGGGGGUGGAGGUGAGCGUGAAGCCAAGGAAGCUGGUAUUUUCGGAGAUAAAUAGGAGGCUGGGUUACUAUGUGAAUGUGACGGUUGAUGGGAAGAAUUUGGUGGUGGGUGAUUCGGGUGUGGUGUUCGGGUCGCUUACUUGGGGGGAUGGGAAGCGACUCGUUCGGAGCCCCAUUUUGGUUACUCAAACGGAUCCAUUGUAGAUUGGAUUUAUUACAUGUUUCCUUCAUUUAUCACCUUAUUUUAAUAUCUCUUUAUUUUGUUGUUACCCAUUCAUUUGCAAUUCUUAAUUCACGAAUUUAUAGUGAAAA